AUGGCGACAGCUGAGCUUGGGCCACGGGCCGAUAUGGCUGUUGGCUCGGCUCCGAGGCGUCCAGGAAUCCGGGUGGCCUUGUUGGUGCUCGUGGCUUUGGUGCUGCCGAGGUUCUCGGCGGCCCAGAGCUACUCGCUUCCUUUCCAGCGGCUGGAGUCGUGCAACCACCUCCAGUACUUUGAUAUAUCUUCCCUCUCCUGCGCCCACUGUGGAGCGAACCAGACGCAGGACCCUCGAGGUAUUUCAUGUGUAUGUCUUCCUGGAUUUAGGAUGGUUUCUAAUAAUGGUGGACCUGUUAUUUGUGAAAAGUGCCCAGAAAAUAUGAAAGGAGUUACUGAAGAUGGCUGGAAUUGUAUUUCUUGUCCCACUGGUCUCACUGCAGAAGGAAGAUGCAGAUGUCCUAGUGAUCAUAUUUUAGUGGAACGAGAUACUAAUGGAAAGUUGUUUUCUGAAGCAACUUGUACACUUUGUGAUGGAAGUGAAAACUCUUUCUCAGCAGCAGAUAUAUUUAGAAAUAGGUGUGUCAGAUGUGAACCAACAUUCAUCAAUACAACAAAGUCCUGUACAUGUUCAGAGCGAGCUAUUUUAACAGGUGGAUUAUGUUUCAGCAGUAUAGGGAAUUUUUUUCCACAAGCAGUUACAACUUGGCGUUAUGGACAGUUUGGUGCAUCACUUAAUUCUGAGUGGCUUUCAAAACAUUUGCAAUCAGUAGCAGCUGCUUGUUUGAUAUAUUCUAAUCUUACAUCUUGCCAAGCCCUUGGAAAUAUGUGUGUGAUGAAUAUGAAUUCUUGGAGCUCUGCUGCCAUUGAUGCAUGUCGUAUGUUUCGAUUUGUCUUUGAUAAUACUGCUGGACUGGGCACUGUUCAUUCUAUAUCAUUCUGGAGACAGAAUCUUCCAUGGUUGUUCUAUGGAGAUCAGCUAGGAUUAGCACCUCAGAUACUCAGAAAUACCCUGCUUUCUACAAAUUUCAGCUUUAAAGGUCAAAACCAGAAUACAAAACUGAAGUUUGUUGCAGCUUCUUAUGAUGUGAGAGGAAAUUUUCUCAAGUGGAGAACUUUGGAAGGAGGUCUUUUACAGCUUUGUCCAGACACGGUGUCCAGACUAGAUGCUGCUUAUGACUUUGGAACAACUUAUCAGCAAAAUUGUGAAAUUCCAGUCUCCAAGAUCUUAACUGACUUUCCAAGUCCAAUUUUUUAUGAUCUAUAUCUUGAGUAUACUAGUGAACAUCUUUGGGCUAUACCAAUAUUAAACCUAAAUCUUCGGCACAAUGAAAUCCCCGUGAACCAAGACAGCAGCUCUAACAAGUGGCUUCUGACUCGCCGCCUGUUCUUGGUGGAUACAUUAAGUGGACGAGAGAAUGACCUAGGGAAUAUACCAAGAGUAAUUCGAAUUGCCAGCAAAUUAACAAUGAGUAUUUGCCUUGUACCCAAUACUCAAAGUGGAAACAUUUAUCCCCCUCUAAUUACUGUUGCCUACCAGGAUGUUGAGAUCCAGAAUCCGGAUAGCCAGUCUGUGAUGGUUUCUUUCUCAGUCAAAUAUGAAAUGAACCAAGAAGAAGCACAUACCCAAACUAAUAUUGCAUUAGGUGUAUUGGGUGGGCUGGCAGUUUUAUGGUCUCUUUUAAAGACUGCAGGAUGGAAGAGACGCAUAGGAAGUCCUAUGAUUGACUUGCAGACCAUUAUGAAGUUCUUGGUGUACUAUGCUGGAGAUCUAGCGAAUGUUUUCUUUAUCAUCACUGUGGGAACAGGUCUUUAUUGGCUUAUUUUUUUCAAAGCACAGAAGGCUGUCUCUGUUUUGUUACCAGUGCUAGGUCAAGAAGAAAGCUUUGUCACGUAUGUGGGGUGUGCUUUUGCCUUAAAGGCUCUGCAGUUCUUGCACAAGCUUGUAUGCCAGGUUACUAUAGAUAUCUUUCUCAUUGACUGGGAGAGACCCAAAGGCAAAGUUCUUAAAGCUGUUGAAGCAGGUGAAGGUGGCCUACGAAGUGCUACCGUUCCUGUGAGCAUAUGGAGGACAUAUUUUGUAGCCAACGAGUGGAAUGAAAUUCAGACUGUGAGAAAAAUUAAUCCCCUCUUUCAAGUGCUUACUGUUCUCUUCUUUUUGGAGGUUGUUGGAUUCAAGAACUUGGCAUUAAUGGAUUCAUCCUCCAGUCUUUCAAGAAACACAAAUAGCUAUAUCGCAUCUUAUAGCCGCAUUUUGCGAUAUGCUGUGUCUACUGUCCUUUGGAUAGUUAUUGGCAUGAUACAGAUCAUGUUCUUUGCUGUCUUUUAUGAGAGAUUUGUAGAAGAUAAAAUACGACAGUUUGUUGAUUUGUGCUCCAUGAGCAAUAUCUCAGUAUUUCUCUUAUCACACAAAUGUUUUGGAUAUUAUAUCCAUGGUCGAUCUGUUCAUGGACAUGCAGAUACUGACAUGGAAGAAAUGAACACGAAUCUUAAGAGGGAGGCGGAAAAUUUGUGUAGCCAAAGAGGUUUGUUACCCAACACAGAUGGUCAGACCUUUCAGAUUUCCAUUUCUAACAAAACAAGACAACAUUAUGACAAAAUUCAUGAAACACUAAUAAGGAAAAAUGGCCCUCCUCGACUAUUAAGUUCAUCAGCAACUACUUUUGAACAAAGUAUUAAAGCUUACCAUGCCAUGAAUAAAUUCCUUGGCUCAUUCAUUGAUCACGUUCAUAAAGAAAUGGAUUACUUUGUGAAAGAUAAGUUGCUUUUUGAACGAAUUCUUGGUAUGGAGUUCAUGGAACCAGUGGAAAAAAGCAUCUUCUACAAUGAUGAAAAUUAUUCUUUCAGCAAUGUUCUCUAUUAUGGAAAUGAAGGUACUCUUCUUACCUUUGAUAUACUAUUUUUCUCUGUUGUGGAUCUGGCUUCUCAGGAUUUUGUUUUAGCAGCCUUUCUUACUUACUUACAACAGGAGGUUUUUAGAUUUCUCCGUUAUACAAUAGGAAGGAGGAAUUUGGCAUCUAAAACUUUGGUGGACCAAAGAUUUCUUAUUUAA